AUGACGUAAGGAGCGUCAAGCAAAAUGGCGUCGCCUUAAACACAAAUCUGUGUGAAUGGGUUUAUUGAUGUAGAAGUCGGCCUCGGUCGAGGUUGUAAGUGUUUGUUUUUGCGGUCGCUCCGGAAUAAAGGCGCGUUUAAAGAGCAGAUAAGCCCGUUUGAGGCGUUUCCCGAGCGGCUCGGCUCGGUUUUCCCCCUUCGGUGACAGCCGGAGAGGCGAGCCGCUGACAGACAGGAUGGACACGGGAGAAUACACCUCCACGAUGGAGAGCAUGGACUCGACUCUAUCGGAGUUAGGGGAUGAAUUCACCCUGGGAGACAUUGACGAGAUGCUGCAGUUUGUCAGCAACCAGGCCGGCGACUUCCCCGACCUGUUUGAGGACCAGAUGACGGGAGGCGCCUCCUCCACCCAGCAACCCACCAUCCAGACGCCUCAGGCCCCCCAGACUCUAACCGCCGCCGCCGCCGCCGCCACGCCGGCCGCCGUCGCCACCGCCGCCUCCUACCACAGCCCCAAAAUCACCCUGGCCUCCUCCCAGUCUGUGCCCCUCACUCCUCCUCUCACCCCCGUGCAGACGCCCUCCCCCAACACGUCAUCUCUGCAGCAGCAGCAGCAGCAGCAGCAGCAGCAGCUGGUGACCCGCAGCCCCCCCCUCCUUCAGCCCCGGCCUCAGGUGGUCCAGCCCAUCCAGCCUCAGCCUCAGCAGAUGGCCCAGCCCACCAUCCAGAUGCACACCCAGGCCAUCCCCAUGCAGACCCAGAACUUCCCGGUCCACACCCUGGUCCAGACCCACAACCAGACGCCCCUCCCCAUCCAGACACAGGCCCAGACCGUGAUGAUCGCCUCCAACGGCGGACAGUCGCGCUUCAUCCAGAACCCCGUCAUCUGCCACCAGAGCCCGGCUCCUAGUUUCCAAGUCCUCCAGCCACAGAUGCAGAGCAUCAUGACGUCUCAGCAGCUGCAGCCCGUCACCAUUCAGCACCAGCGCGUCCUGACUCAGGGCGGUCAAACCAUCCAGACGCUCUCCGCUCCCACCACAGUCCACGCCGUGCAGCAGCAGAUGCAACAACUGCCCUCUUUUGGUUGUGGUCAGGUUCUGGUGCAGCAGCCUCAGAUACUGAAGACGGACUCGUUGGUUCUCACGACGCUGAAGCCAGACGGGACACAGGUGCUGUCCACCAUGCAGAGCCCUGCAGGGAUCACCACCCUCACCACGCCCAUCCAGAACACCGCUCUGCAAGUACCGACGCUGAUGAGCAGCAACAUCCUGACCACCGUCCCUGUGAUGAUGGGAGCAGGCGGAGGAGGAGACAAGCUGCCCAUCAAGCACCUACAGCAGGGCUCCCCCCACUGUCCCAACGGAGUCAGAACCAGCAUGGAGCAGAGCCAGAUGACGGCGGGCGGAGGAGGGGGAGGAGGAGGAGGGGUAGUAAUCGGACCGGGAGGGGUGGUGAAGGAGGGCGAGAGGAGGACGACCCACAACAUCAUCGAGAAGAGGUACCGGUCGUCCAUCAACGACAAGAUCGUGGAGCUCAGAGAUCUGGUCAUGGGCAACGACGCGAAGAUGCACAAGUCAGGAGUGCUGAGGAAGGCUAUAGAUUACAUCAAGUAUCUGCAGCAGGUCAACCACAAGCUGCGGCAGGAGAACCUGGCCCUUAAGAUGGCCAACCAGAAGAACAAGCCUGUGACGCUGUCUGAAGACGUGGAGCUCAAACAGGAAGUAGUGAUGAUGUCUCCUCCAGCCUCGGACUCUGGUUCCGGUUCCCCUCACCAGUUCUCUCCGUACUGUGUCGACUCGGAGCCCGGCAGCCCUCUGCUGGAUCACGACCAGCUGAAGAGUGAGCCAGAUUCUCCCUCCUCGGUCGGAGUGAUGGAUCGUUCUCGACUGCUUCUCUGUGCCCUCACCUUCUUCUGCCUCUCCCUGAACCCCCUGCCCUCUCUCCUGGGCUCCGAGGCGUCGGGCUCCCCCAGCCUGUCCUCCGGCCACGGCCCGUCGAGGACGCUCGUCUGGUUUCCAACCCACACGCAGGACUUUGCGUCUUGGCUGCGAUGCCUGUUGCCGUGGGUGAUGGUGUGGGUGCUGAGCGGCGUGGGAGCCGUGUGGGGCUGCGUCAGGGUGCUGUACCUGUGGGAGCCCGUCACGCCCCUCCACUCGCCAAAGUCCGUGUCCUUCUGGAGGCACCGCAAACAGGCAGACCUGCAUCUCAACAGGGGAGACUACACGGCGGCGAUGUCCAGCCUGGAGACGUGUCUCUCUGUCCUGACCAGGGCGCUUCCCUCCACCAGCCUGGACCUGGUCUGCUCGCUGUCCUGGAACGUGAUUCGCUACUGCUUGCAUCGGCCGACCCCUCUGGGCUGGCUGGUUCACCAGGUGGGAGGAAAACACGAAGGGGAGGAGGCGAGGACGAGCGCGAAGGACGCCGCUCUGGUUUACCACCGGCUGAGCCAGCUGCAGCUCACAGGGAAGCUGCCUCAGCGUAGCAGCCUGUGGGCUUUGUCUCUGUCUCUGAGCGCCGUCAACCUCAGCGAGAGCGCCCAAGGCAAGAUGGCGCCCGCACAGCUCGCCCAGAUCUACGUCACCGCAGCAACAGCCCUGCGCACCGUCCUGGGACAUCAUCUCUCCUGUCUGCCCGGUUACCUGCUGGGUUGUGCGGAGAGCGUUGCCAGCCAAUCGGACACCAAGACGAUCCCAGACUGCCUGCGUUGGCUCUUCACUCCUCUGGGGAGGCAGUUCUUCCUGAGCUGCGAGUGGUCGGUGAAAUCGGAGAGCAGCGACGGCGUCUUCACUUCCCAGAGAGACCCAGCCGACCCCAUCGCACAGCUGCACCGCUGUUUCUGCAGGAAGCUCCUAGAAAGAGCCGUCCACAGCCUCAUUCAGCCGCAGAGCGACUCGGACGCAGGAAAACGACAGAAGAAUGAAUCAGGGGAGUUUUCCAGUGCACUCGAAUUCCUCCAGUUGUUGAACAGCUGCACCGAGGACUCUCCUUCCCCUCCUUCCUCGUUUCCGACUCCUCCCAAUCACACCACCGUCCCAGUGGGAGACCCCGUGAGUCGCUGGUGGGCUCUGGUCCUGAAGGCUGCCGUGCACUGGCUGCAGGGCGACGACGUGGUGGUGAGGUCUCUGCUGUCUGAAGCCGAGCGAAUGCCGAGGGCUCUGCACAUCCUCGACCACCCGAUGCCCAAGACCGUGCUCCUCCUCUGCAAGGCGGUCCAGAUGAGCCUGUCCCCCCUGAAGGGAGACGGGGCCGUGUCCUGCCUGUCCCACUGCGACAGAGCCAGCAGCUACCUGCGCUCCAGCAUCUCGGUGCCGCUCACCCAGUCUGGAAACUGGCUCAACAAGGGGGUGGAGCUCCUGCUCUGUGACCUCCUGCUGACGCUGAGGACCAGUCUGUGGCAGCGCGCCGGCACCAGCAACGGAGAACCGGGUCCGGCUCCGGGGUCCCAGUUGGCUGGUUUUCAGAGGGACCUCAGCGCCCUGAGGAAGCUCACGCAGAGCUACAGACAGGCCCAGCACAAGGUUUUCCUUCAUGAGACCACGGUGAGGCUGAUGGCCGGAGCCAGUCCCACCAGGACUCACCAGCUGCUGGAGCACAACCUCCGACGAAGGACGCAGAACUCCUACACGGCCGGCGAGUGCGUCCUGGGUGAGAGAGAGAGGGCCCACGCCAUCCUGCUGGCCUGCCGCCACCUCCCCAUGCCCCUGCUGACCCCCCCGGGGCACCGGGCUCGCCUGCUGGCCGAGGCCAAGCGCACCCUGGAGCGCGUGGGCGACCGGCGCUCGCUGCAGGACUGCCAGCAGAUCCUGCUGCGUCUGAGCGGCGGCACCACCAUCGCCGCCUCCUAGACGCUUCCACCGGGCUCCUCGUUGGUCCUCGUAACACAAGCCGAGGGGCCGCGGGGGCUGCACAUCUUUAUUUUAUUUUGUUUCGUUUCUUUUUGCUGGUUUAAUGCUUAUUCGUUGCUGCACAAUCACCCCACCUUCUGCUCACUAGUGGUUACUACACCGGCACGCUGCCUCAUUUUAAACGAGGAAAAAAAAAAUUGAAAAUCAGGUGAAACAUCCUCCUCCUCCUCCUCUUCCUCCCCAAAAAGGAAAAAAGGGACCACGCAGCACAGCCGUGCAUUAAUUAGCUUUAGAAUUAAUGAUCUGUACAAUCAUGACUAGCACCUACGACGCGAGUGCUAAGUAAUAAGUUAAUGUCUCAUUUCAGUUUGCUUCGUUUGAAGGGCUUUACAGCGGCGCGCACACUGAAAGCUUUUUAGCCUCUUAACCGUACAGUGCUGAGUAGUGUCUCUUCUUAUCUACCUCAAACACUGUACAAUGCCAGCAUUGUACCGUGCAGCGAAACGGACGCCGAACGAUCGGAGGGAAAAUCUGAACGACGGGAGGGAAGCAGCAGCGACGGCCUAACCACACAAACACACACACACAGAUACAGAUUACUGCGUUUUGAAACUCACAAUGUGAUUGUAUAUAGGUUGUACAUAGAUAUAUUAAACAGGAAGUUCUUAAUAGCUGCUUCAGAGGAGGAAGCAGAGUCUUUAUAAUCUGACCCGGAGAACUUCUUAGGGCACGACGACCACGUCGACUCCUGCUCCGGACUCGGCUUUGAAUAGAAAUCUAAAUUCUUGAUGAGGAUAAUAAAAAAAAACAUAAAAACAUGUAAAAUAUAAAGUGAGGAUUUCAUUCCUUCGUCCAGCUCUGAUGAAAAAAACUCAAAAAGGCCUUCGUGUGACGUUUUAGAGAUGAAUAACAGAACGAUGGAGGAUCUCUGUUUAUUUUCCUGUCAUUCCCGUUUCUGAUCAUUUCUCUUUUUCUUUCUUUUUUUUAUUUAAUGUAACAUUUUAUUCGUGUGGAAAGUGCAGGGGCGAGUGUCGCAGUUUUUUCUGUUUUCUAUCCGCAGCCUUGGGCUCAGAAAAACUCUUAAUAGGAAGAUGUUUUAUAUUUUAUUAAACGAGUAAAUCCCUCAUGUAAGCUCUUAGCUGGGUGUUUUAGGAUCACUCUUUAUUUAGAUCAAGUGUGAUGUUAGACGUUGGCAGAUUUUUUUAUUUUUUUUGUCUUCCAGGUGAGUCCGAGCUGUUAUCUACUGAAAAUAUUUACCUGGAAAAGAGAGAAAUGCUUAAAGCUGGAGCCUUUGCUUUCACUUUAAUCAUGUUACUUUAUUAUUAUUAUUUUUUUCUCUGUCGUCUUCUCAUUGUGUUUUAUUUUCCGUGUUUAUUUGGAUGUUUUCUAAUAAAACAGCACAUGAGCGUG